GGCGGGGGGAAAUAGCAUUAUCAGGGUCAAUGGGGGGUUUCCACUGUGUGGGAUAAGAAAGGUAAGGUGGGCAACUUGCUCGUACGUACGCAGUCACACAGCAGAGAUGACGCAAAGAUGCUCUUUUGACGGCAACUCUGGGAGUCAAAAGUUGUGGAUACCGUAGUGGAGAUGGCUGAGUGCACUGCCGAGGAUAAAUACUUGAGUAAAGGUGGAAGAUGCUGCGAUCGAUGCCCCCCAGGAAGCUUCGUGCAAGCCGACUGCGACGAUGCCAAGAAGACUCAGUGUGGCGCCUGCGGACGUGGACUCUACACAGCCACCAGGAAUCACCUAAGCAGCUGCAUUGUGUGCAGGCAGUGCAGUGCCAGCAACAACCAGAGGACGGCAAAGGAGUGCACGGCUCACAAGGACACAGUGUGCGGGUGUUUGACAGGUUUCUUCUGUAGCCGCAACCCCUGCGAGCACUGCAUGCCCGCCACCAUCUGCUUUCCGGGUUCAGGGGUCAAAGUUCAAACCACGGGGGCCAACGAUACAGUCUGUGCGCCGUGUGAAAAGGGCACAUACAGCAACGUGUCCGAUUCCCAAUCAGCCUGUCAAAUGCACACCAGGUGUGAAGACUUGGGUCGAGAGUUAAAAACUCCAGGAACAUCGACUACUGAUGCCAUCUGUGGGGACUUGAAAUCUGGGUGCCCGUGGAUAUUACCUGCAGGCUUGUGGUUGGGCUUUGUGCUGACCAUACUGGCUGUGUUGGGACUGAUGUGCUGGACUGCCAAACGAAAAUCGCACAAAACGGCCAGGUCAAGCAUUCCUGUUCAUGAGGUAAAGACGGCUUCAGCCAUCAUCGACAGCCUGCUGGAGCCACAGCUACCAAACCCAGCACCGUAUGAUCUCUGCCAAAAGAGUGAUACGACAGCGGCCUGCCAAUUUACCAUAUUUAACCCAGAUGAUAGUCCAGUCAGCGACAGCACAGAAGACAACAUGGGCCUUCCUGCUUCUCUUAAGACUGACUCCUCUGACCAUCGCAAUGGGACUGAUGUGUACCACAGGAGCUACUCUGAGCCACAGGAGGACGAGUGGUGUGGGACAUGAGUGUAGUUUGCUUGGGAGUACCCAUUCUAUUGUCAUUUCCACAUUCAUGCAAAAAUACUUACUUCACACACGAGACAGCUAACGAUGGCUUGGAAUAGAGUCCCUUUAGAAGGUGUGUUACUGCCCCCUGCAGGACCGUAAUGGUAUACUGACUCACUUUAGGGGUUGCAAAUGUCAAACAAUAACCAUCACGUUUAUUGUUUUUAUUGACAUCCCAAACAUGAAACUAACUGUACAGUUUUUUUUAGUGGGUUUAUUAAACAAAAAGAAAUUACUCCUGUAAUUACACUCAUUGGACACUUCAUUAGGUACAUUUGUCACUUAUCAAAUGCAUGGAUUCUCAAACUGUAGUGUGAGUACUACUGUACCAGUACAGGAGCUGCAUCAACAAAGAUAACCUCUUAAAAUGAGCACUGUUACCGUAGUAACGGCAAAGUAUGUAAACACAGCUCUUGCAUUGGAGUGCGUGAGACUGUGGCGGUGUACCUAACAAAUGUCCAGUGUGUGUGUAAUAAUAUGUAGCAAAAUAGCCCACCGUUUUUAUCAUCUUUCGUGUUUUGGAUUCAAUAAUUAUAAAGUGAUCUGGAAAUAUGAAUUAGGAAUGUACUAUAUAUCAAUAUGAAACAUAUAUAAGUAUAUGUACAUAUAAGUAUACAUAUAAGUAGUCUUUUUCUUACAUUGUAUUUUAAGUUCCGUUUUUUACUUGAAUUAACCAAAUGCAUCCAGUAAUUCAAAUGAAAAGUGCUGACAUAGCAUAUUUGUUCACAGACAUUUGGAAAGGCAUUAGGGUUUGAAAGAUACGGAUGAUUUCAUUAUGAUAAAAAGUCACAUUUCCAAUGUUUAUUUUCAACAAUACAUGCACUUCAAAAAAGAUGCAGUUUAUGCUGGGAACAUGUUAAAAUCCAAUGGCGAUGAUGCGACAUGUAAAUAAGGCAGCGCUUUCGCCCAAUUGUGAAAUUGUUUUUAAUAUUGUGAAAACCCAAUUGUACAAUAAGUAUAGUCACUUACAUGCACAAGUACAUGGACAGUGAGACUUUUUAGGACAUUACCUUACACCGCUGUCCAAAUCCAUCUGGACCUAUCCAUCUAUGGAAUGUUUUACCUGUACUGUCUCUCUUAUCGGUACCAUACCACACAAACAUUCACCCUCAUUCUAACAAUUCAUAAUGGGGAUUAAAAUCCAUGUACCUUGACUAUUUUCUAUACAGAAUAAAUGACGUUAUUCACUAAAAAGGCACUUAUAGUGGACACUUUAAUCAGUCUUUUUGAAGACCUGCUUGGCGACGACGCCUUCAGCUCUCAUCUCCUGCAGAGAAGGACAAGGGAGAACGAGAAAAAGAAGACGCGUGGGUGUUUAAUUAACAGUGACAAUCAAUAGAGGCUUGUAGAACAUGAAAGGAGGGUUUGCUCCAUGAUGGGAUUGUAUCCAAAACAUGGUGCCGCCACCGGCCCUUCAGCAUUUAAC